CCAGAUCUAUUACUAAUUUGUUGCCCUAAGUAAGCUGGGCCCGAAAAUGCUUUUUAUGUUAACAGGUAUGCUAAAAAGUUCUUUUAUUUCCGCCAACUAUUAUGUGAAAUACAACAACUUAUUAAUGAACCACUUCGUUUUUAGUUCUCUUUUAAGGAGUAUAGACAAGUUUGGACAAGAGGACUCGGAAAUGAAAUAAGUACGAAAUAAAAAUCAAUGCUCGUGUUUCAAAACUGGCAUUUGAUCAAAAUAAACAAUUUUUUUAUUGAAUUUGAAAUUUAAAGAUAACACUACUUUAUGCAAAUUACGCACGUGAGCACUUGAGAGCUGUCAAUAAUAAUUGAUGAAAACAUUGCAUUAAGCCAAGUAUUUCAUUUGAAAAAAUAAAGACAUAAAAAAGAGAGAGGCUAAAGAACUCAAACAUGAGGGAAAUUAAAAAAUGGAAAGAUUAUAGCAGAGGAAGCACGAUUAUGUCGUCGACUUUUUUAACCACGCCGCACGACGGAUACUUUCCAAGUCGAGGUGGGAGUCCGACGAGAGGAAAAAGAUUUUUUGGGAGUCCGAUUAGCAGUCCGAAAAAUAGUCCGAGGAACAGUCCGACGCCGUUUGAACGAUUUGAUGUUGAGCGGUAUGACGACAGUAGCGAGGAAAAGACAAGUAGCGACGAAACUGAAUUGCGAGUGCACAGGGUCGAGGAGGAAAAAAGAAAACCCAGGCGAAACAGUAUCAUCCGAUUCAGUGAUGUAAAACGGAAAUUAUCGACGACUUUUCAUCGACGAAAUUCAACAGUGACGUCUCCGACAUCAAGCCGUAAAACUAUGCCACCAAGACGUGCUUCCACUGCCAAUAUGCCAAUGCUACAACGACAAGCUUCAGUUGAUGAAAUUGCGCAUUCACCAAAAGGGUUGAAAAGAUCGGUAACAAUUGCCGAUAAUUUACCAUCUAGUCGAUCAUUUCAAGGUCAUAUACCGGUACAACAUCCAUUAUUAGAUCGAUUACGUAAUAAUAUUAUGCACAUGGAUCCAUUCGCUACAUCGUCCACACCAAAUAUACAAUCACGAAGUAGAGCUAACUCUACACAAUCAAUAAAACAGUUCACUGUGUUUUUACUGGGUUGUCAAUCAGUCGGAAAAACAGCGUUAACAGUACGGUUCCUGACUGGACGAUAUAUACACGAAUACACUUCUUCUGCAGACGAAGUUUAUAGUCGGGUUGUAAAAUAUGGCGACGAACAGGCUGAUGUAAAAUUAUACAACAAUGACAUCGAGAACAUGGAGAAAAAAAUUGAACUAGAUCAAAAUUCUGGCAUCAUGAUCCUGUACUCCAUUGUCGAUACAGCCUCGUUUUUAAAGGCAAAAGUUUUAUUGGAACAUUUAAACAAACUUAAAGUUACUGGUCAAUACCCCGUUAUGUUAAUUGGGACGAAACGAGAAUUAUCGCGGUUGCGAAAAGUGCGAAGACAGGAAGCUUACGAUUCUGCAAACGCGUUUAACUGUACGCAUUUCGAAGUUUCGUCAGCUAUUGACCGCAAAGUAAAAGACUGUUUCCACGCAUUGUUUCGACAAAUCGAGAUACGGCAGUUACUUCACAACGAUGAAGGAAAGGAAGGAUUACACACGAUUUUAAAUCCACCGAAAUUAUUGCGGUAUGGUACGUAUCGACACGGAACGGCUUAAGAUCGCCUUCAAUUGUCGCUACAAGUAGUAAAAAAUAUAACAUCGUUAAGAAGUAAUUGAAAUGAACGUGUACAAAAAACAACGAAGUUCUGUCAUAGUCAAUGGUACUUCUUGAAUUUUUUUGAAAAAAAAUGACGUUAGCUACCUUUAUACCCUAACGACAUAAAUAGACACAUAAUACAAACAUUUUGCAGUGCUGGUCAUUGCAUUAAAAAAAGAGGUAAUAAUAAUUGAGGCUUUGUUAGGUCUGGAGUCAAAGACGCUCAAAGUUACUCCCAAGUUCAGAGUUAUAUUUCAACGAAAUAUGGUUUUUAGCCUAUUAAAAAGCACAAAAUGAGCGAACAACCUCGUUUCCAGGGCUAAUUUCUCUAUCUUCGAUGUUAAGAAAGAAAGAAGAUCUGGAAACGGGGUUGAAACACAUAUAUCAACUCUAUAUUCUUUUUACAAACUUUAUUUGUUAAUUAAAGUUACAACUUUGUACCCAGGAUAAUAAAACUUAUUUAUUAUGAUCAGGUAAUACGCUUGCUGGUAUGAAGUUCCUGAAAAA